UUUCAAAAAUUUAGACGGAGCGGCAAAAUCAUUAUGAUUAGUAUCAUUAACAUUAGUAUUCACUGCACCCGCUCUUCUGUUCCUCUUUUAAGAAAAAAAAGAAAACUGUGAAUCAGUGCUCUCUCUCUCCUUUUCGCCAAUGGCCAGAGUCAAACUUUCUGCUCCACGGAGGCAACUCCGAAAGAAACCCUCUGAAACUGAAAGAGUAAACUCUCCAAUUUCACAGACUCCUCGAUCUCCGGCAACAAGACCAAGAACCAGGACAGCACAGUCAAAUGCUCCAUCAACUCCCGGAACAGAAAGGCAAAGGAAAAGUCAUCGUUACAAGCCGGGAACAGUAGCACUUCGUGAAAUUCGUCACUUUCAGAAAACCUGGAAUUUGCUCAUCCCAGCUGCUAGCUUCAUCCGAGUUGUAAAAUAUAUCACUGCAGAACACUCACGUGCAGUUAGCCGUUGGACAGCUGAAGCUUUAGUGGCACUUCAAGAGGCAGCAGAGGAGUUUUUGGUUCAUUUAUUUGAAGAUGGAAUGCUAUGUGCAAUUCAUGCAAGGCGUGUUACAUUGAUGAAAAAGGAUUUUGAAUUGGCACGACGGCUGGGAAGGAAGGGACAACUUUGGUGAUAGUGUUACAGUGUCAUCAUUGCUGUUCAUAACCAUUAUGAAAUGUAAUUCUGCUGUUGUUUAUAGGUAGCAGUGUCUUUAUGAUUACUUUGGUAAUGUUAAUGAUUAGAAAGUGGGGAAGUCUUAACUUUCCUAACUGCGUUUAUAGUGUAGUCAAGGUGGAUACCAUCGUCAAAAAUUCCUUAGAAUCCAGAAAGUGUGUUAGGGGUUUCUGUAGGGAUCAUUCAGCCUUUCGUGGUUGUAAGCCGACUCAUAUCUGGCUAAUGCUUGUUUUAGGUUUACUUUUGGACCACUCAGCCUUAGAUUGGAUUAGCAUUUGCAUUCAAAUGAUGAAAGUAUUUUAUAAUCAAACUACUCAAAUUUGUAGGUCUUA